CACAAUUGUACACAUCCGGCAUAUACGAUGUUUUUACGGUUUGUCCAAUUCAUCUGACGGUAUUUCAAAAAACAAUUACAAAUGUUAUUUGAAGGUAUUAUUUUGAUUUACUUGAUGCUAAAACUUGGGGUAAAGCAUUAGUUUAUAUUUCCAGGUAAAACAAAUACUGAUAUUAUGUUUUCGCCGGACGCUUUGAGAGCACUGAAUGAAGGAGAUCUUUCUGAUUUGGAGUUGUCAUCUGAUGAUGAUGAACAGUUAGGAUUUACGUCUGAAAGGGAGUCGCAGUGUGUUCGAGUUGGUGCAGAUGUCAUAAACCACAACCAAAGAGAGGUAUUCCCACCUGACUCAGACGACGAUGAAGGACCUAGCUCAUCCUGGAUCGGAAUGAAUGAUCAGGAUCCAGAAUUUCCUGACACCUGCAACGAAUUAGUUUCCGAAGUACCUACAACAGAAGUAGAUACCUCGAAUGAAAACAUACUACAGAAUAUUACGCCUAAGCAAAACAUUAGAUGGAGACAUAGAAAACUAAUAAAUACGAUUGCAUCAGAUUGGUUUCCACCAAUAUCAAUUGACCCUAGAGUAGAAUCCCCACUUGAUUAUUAUUACAGGUAUGUGCCAAAACAGUUAUUUGUAACUAUGGCUGAAAUGAGCAACUUAUAUGCAACAUUUUCAAAUAGGCUAAGGUUCAAACCUACUACUGCAGAUGAAUUAGAAAUUUUAUUUGGAUUACACUUGGCCAGUGGUAUAUUUAGAUACCCAUGCUUGAAAAUGUACUGGGAAACAACCAUCAGUAUUCCCUUAUUUUCAGAAAAUAUGGCCCGAGAUCGAUUUUUUGAACUCCGUAACAAUUUACACCUUGUUGAUAAUACAACAGUUCCAGCUGGUUGUAAUGAUGCAUUUUAUAAGGUACGACCAAUAUUUGAUGCAGUUAGGUAUCGGUGUUUGGAAUUGCCACUUGAAAAAGAGCUAUGUGUGGAUGAGCAGAUAGUUCCUUUUACCGGUAAACAUAUUGCCAAGCAGUACAUAAAGGGUAAACCCUGUCCAUGGGGCCUCAAGAUAUUUUUUUUGUGUGGUAAAAAUGGCCAAGCCUAUGAUUUCAUACUUUAUCAAAGCUCUGGUCCAGAACUAGACAAAAAUUUUACAAAAAAAAUUGGUUAUGGUGCAGCUAUUGUCCUUCACCUCACAAAGAGAAUUGGAGAAAGCAAGGGCCACGAGUUGUAUUUUGACAAUUACUUUUCGUCGUAUCAUAUUCUACAAAUUUUGAAACAGAAAGGUAUUAUGGCUGCAUGCACAGCUCGUGUAAACAGAUUUGCAAAUCCAUCACUGAUAACAGCCUCGAGGGUUUUCUCAAGAAGUGAGUAGUUAUGAUGAUGACGUGACUGUGGUCAAGUGGUUAGACAGUAAAGUUACACAUCUUGCUUCCAAUUUUAUUGGCAUUGGAGAUAAAGAUUUCGUUAGAAGGUGGUGUAAAAAGGAGAAGAAAUUUAUCGAAGCUGAACGCCCCGAAGUGGUCAAAAAGUAUAAUCAUGCAAUGGGUGGAGUUGAUUUAUUAGAUCAACUGAUGAGCUAUUACAGAACAUUUAUAAAAUCAAAAAAAUGGACCCUUCGUAUGAUAUUUCAUGCAUCAGAUUUGGCAGUGGUUCAAGCAUUCCGCGAGUACCAAAUUGAUAGUGAUUUAGUUGGCGUACCAAAAAAUAAACAACUCACUUUACUUCACUUUCGUCGUCGGUUAGCUGAUAGUCUGGUGUUACGCAAUAAAAUAAACAUUGGGAAAAGAGGACGGCCAAGUGGCAGUAGCCCAGCUCCACAGAUCAUACCUAGAAGACCAGGAGAGAUUCGUCCUGAAGCUGAAAUAGCUCGAGACGGUGUUGGGCAUUUUCCUGCACAUGACGAAGGACUUGGGACGCGGUGCAAGAGGGUGGGAUGCACGGGAAGAACCCGAAUAAAAUGCAUCAAAUGCAAAAUUCACUUGUGUCUCACCAAAGACAAAAAUUGUUUCCUAGCAUUUCAUACGUAAACAAAAAAAAAACACUAUUUGAUUGUAGAAGACUGAUUUCUGUAUCGACUCCAAAGAAGUACAUACCUGAUCUUAUGUUUUUUUUUGUUAAUUUUUAAUGAUAAUAUUUUGUCUAAUUAUUUUCACAAAAACAAUUAAAAAUUUCUAAUAAAAAAACUCAAACACUGACUACAUUUUAUUGUUCCAAGUAAAUCCUAAUAUACUACUUUUAUCAUCACAUAGGACGGAUGUGCACAUUUGUGCACAAAAAGAAAAACUGAUUUUUCUUGAAAAGUCGACUGCCUGGAAUUUUUUCUUUAUUUUUUCUUUAUUUCUUGUGGCCCACUCUAGAUACAGGAUUUUUUUUUAGAUUGAUUGAGAAAAAAAAAAUAAUUCCGGUCUGAAAGGGUUAACAGGUCAGUGAUCUUCCUUUCUUGCACUAGUAUUAGGGUCGGUUCAUAUCUAACGGAAUAUGCGUCGCGUAUUAUCGGUCGCGUAACGCCAGAACUGACAAAUGUAUAGAAAAACACUCGACCGUUCACACUCAACCGGUGAUACGUUAGUGCGUCGAGCGUACAGCGUCUAUUCCGUUUCCGUCAACGCAUUAUCGGUCGACGUAAGAGCGGCAACGUCGCGCGCGCCACGCUCUACGUGUAUUUUGAUUGAUGCAUACAGACCAGGCGUAACAUUAGCAGAGAUCGUUUGUGUACAGGCCGUUCCAAGUUUUUUGAAAAUGUUUGAUACAGAACGAUUUAUCACGGAAGUGCAAAAUAGAAUAUGUCUAUGGAACAUAAAAGAAAAAUCUUAUAGCGACCGACAAGCCAAGAGACGGGCUUGGGAGGAAAUUGGAGAAAUAUUAAUACUUGAGUGGGAGACAUAUGAUACAAAAAAGAGAAAUGAAUCACUUAUUGACCUCCAGAAAAAAUGGAAACAUCUCCGUGACUACUAUGUUAGAGAGAAAAAAAAAAGAGAACAAUGUUCGCAGUGGAAGUUCUGCUGCUGCAAAGAAGAGGAAAACGCCAUACGUAGAAAUGCUUCGUUUCUUAGAUGUUUUAAGAGAAAUGCGCCCUACAACUAGUAAUAUAGAAGCUGAAUUUUAUGAAACAAGUGGUGAAGAGAACCAACUACAAGAGACUGGAAGCGAAUCGUCAAAUUCCAGUUCCAAGCGUGCCAGUCGCAAAGACCAGAGUAUGACAAUGUUUCAGAGGUCAUUAAUUAACAGUAUGGAGAAAUCUUCACAAGAUGAUAGUGAUUCAGAUAAGCAGUUUUUGCUGUCGUUACUUCCACAGAUGAAAAAAUGUCUGAAGCACAAAAUUUUGACUUCCGUUUAGAUAUUAUGAAUUUGGUAAAAAAAUAUAGAUUUGCUACAACAAGUACAGUGCAACAAUGUAACAUCCAGUCCGAUCAAGGUAAUUACGAACAAGGUCGUCUGUCAUUGCCGCAGACUUCUCAGUUUGAACACACCGGUUACUAUACAGCUGACUACUAUACGGACUCACCACAAUCAGCGACCUCGCAGGUUUCAAUUGAAGAAGAUAUUGAAGCAUUAAUGCAGAGUUAAUCCGUUACGUUUAUUUAAAAAUUGGUUGAUUUUGGAUUUUUGUAUCAUUUUAAUAUACAUGUCAAUAAUAUUAAAAUACUAAUGUCAAGAACAAAAGCAGUUAUUAUUAUACAACUUACCUGUAUCUACCUCUAAUAUCUUACCUCAAUGUAAUACUCAGUCUUUCUUCAGGAGUAAUGGCACAUUGAAAUUUCGUAUCAUAUUAAGUUAUGAAACAUUUCACAAUCUUAAGGAGUUCAUCAAAAGAUUCUAUGGACAUGCGGUAAUACUGAAUAAAUUUUGUAGGAUAGUUUCUUAACGUUGCAUAUAGACAAUUAAAUUGGCCACUUGAUAUUCUUUUAGUAUUUAAAGGAUGCACCCAAUAUCGACGUUUCCUUUUUCGGUCUUGUUCUAAAGCCUCCCAAAUAGCAAUUAUUUCGAUAGGCUUCAUUUUAAAAUUCAAUAUCACACAACACAACCGCUCUGUAGAUGCUAAACGUAGAAACUGACUAGUGGCAGGACGGAUGAUACGCUCGACGCAUUUUCCGUUUGAUAUGAACCGACCCAUUCGACCGAAUAGACGCGACCGAUGAUACGCUCGACGCAUCAUCCGUCAGAUAUGAACCAACCCUUACUGUUAUUCGUAAGACUUCCGUGUUCCAUUUAUGCAGCGCAUAUUAACUUUUUCUCAGCUACCGUAAUUCAAAUCGAUUAUUUACGUAUUUAAUUUCCUGAAAACCUCCUGAAAUAUGGCACGGAUGCAAAUCAACAGCAUAUCUAUCACCAUGUCUAGAAAGAAGUCAAAUCUUUCCCAAUAUUCGGAAGGAGCUACAAGGUCAGGGAUCAUUAGAUCCCAAGAAUCCAUCGAAGAGCGCCAGGAGAGACUUGAUGCUGUUUGAGAACACCAGGCUGCAACUCGAUCCCAGGAAACCACUUCAGAUCGCGAAGCACGCCUGUGUUCACAGCGUAUUUACGCAUCGACUUCUAGAUCUCUACAGUCAAGUGCGGAACGUGAUGCAUAGGGUGCCGCUGAGACUGUAUUUAUACCGCGCAUACCACUCAUCCCCAACAAUUUCCCAUUUCAAUUUAAGCGCACACAGUUCCCUGUUCUGCAUGCGUUGCCAUGAUAAUAAACAAGUCACAGGGGCAGACG